AGAAAGAAAAAAACCUAAAGUGGGCGGUGUGGGGGCUGUGGGGGGUGGAGUCAAAGGGCCGCCCGGAAGUGUCGAAAGAGUGACGUGUCGGGAGUGCGUGAGAGCCCCGCCCCUCCUCCACCCUCUCCUCACCGGAAGUCCAAGAUGGCGGCGGCCUACCCGGAAGUGGGCAAGAGCCAGAGUCAACGCCGCCGCCGCCACCACCACCAGGGCCGGGAGCCUUGAGCCGGCAGCCGCCUCCACUGCCGCCCUCUCCUCCUCCUCCUCGUCCUCGCCCUUGGAGGGAGAAGAGCCCCAGCAAGGGCAUGCUGCAGAGCGAAGGGCGCAGCUAAGGCUCCCUCCCGCGGCGUCUGGGAUCCCUCGCCGAGGCCGGCUUCCUCCAUGCGUCGCCGCGGAGCCUGAUGCCCUCGCUGCGCCUGGCCAUGGACGGGGGGAAGAGCUUCCACUCACCGCACACGCACCAGCAGCCGGGGAGCGUGCUCUACGGGAUGCCCGCCCUUCAGGCCCCACUGGGCAUGCCCACCAUCGAGAAUUCUGCCCUGGCUUCCACUUGGUGGGGUUCGGAUUUGUAUUCCACCGCUGCUUACACAGCUCCGUCUCUCCUGAGCGAAAACCAGCAAUAUUUUGAUACCACGUCUGAUUUCUUCACGAAUUCCAUCAGCAGGACGUCCUUCCCCGACACCAACUAUGCACCCACAAGCCUUGUUGAUUUCCUGCCCUUGAAUGGCGACUUAGCUCAGGAUUCUUCAUACCUCAAUGAAAUCUCCAGCAACUCCCUCUUCUCCUCCCCUACGGAUUCCCUCUCGGACAUCGCCGAUGCUCAGGAAUUCCUGCCCGCCGACAGCCUCAGCCACGUGCCAACGAUAUGGGACAUCAGCACACCCCAGCAGAACCAAAUAGAGCUCUUGCAAGGCCUGGAAGGCUUACAGGGAAUCGAGAGCCACGUGGCCGCUGCGCAAGAGACCCCUCUCCUGUCCAGCAUUCAGUCCCAAACUCAGGUAGACGAGGAGGAGGAAGGAGACGAUGACGAAACGGAGGAGCUGGGGCACACGGAGACCUACGCGGACUACGUCCCUUCUAAAUCGAAAAUCGGGAAGCAGCACCCCGACCGAGUGGUCGAAACGAGCACCCUCUCCAGCGUCCCCCCGCCAGACGUCACCUACAGCCUGUCCCUCUCCAGCUCGAUCGCUGACAACGGGUUUCUCUCCGCACUACAGCUGGAAGCGAUUACUUAUGCCUGCCAGCAACAUGAGAUAUUACUCCCCAGCGGGCAAAGAGCCGGCUUCCUCAUCGGGGACGGGGCUGGCGUCGGGAAGGGCCGGACCGUCGCAGGGAUCAUCUUUGAAAACUACCUGAAGGGAAGGAAGAAAGCCCUCUGGUUCAGCGCCUCCAACGAUCUCAAGUACGACGCCGAGAGGGACCUCAAGGAUAUAGAUGCCUCCAACAUUCCUGUCCACGCUUUAAACAAGAUUAAAUAUGGUGACACAGCUACCUCGGAAGGAGUCUUGUUUGCCACUUACUCCGCCCUGAUCGGCGAAAGCCUCGCAGGUGGCCAGCACAGGACCCGCUUGAAGCAGAUUCUGGAUUGGUGCAAGGAGGAUUUCGAUGGUGUUAUUGUGUUUGAUGAAUGCCACAAAGCCAAAAAUGCCAGCUCCACUAAGAUGGGCAAAGCAGUAUUGGACCUGCAGAACAAGCUGCCCCUCGCAAGGGUUGUCUACGCCAGUGCCACAGGUGCCUCCGAGCCAAAGAACAUGAUCUACAUGAGCCGGCUGGGGAUAUGGGGAGAAGGCACCCCCUUCCGGGCCUUUGAAGAGUUCCUGCACGCCAUUGAGAAGCGGGGGGUUGGCGCGAUGGAAAUCGUUGCGAUGGACAUGAAGGUCAGCGGGAUGUACAUCGCACGGCAGCUCAGCUUCUCGGGAGUCAACUUCAGGAUAGAGGAGAUCCCACUGGACCCGGAGUACAAAGCCGUCUACAACAAGGCAGCCAAGCUGUGGGUGGAAGCCCUGGUGGUUUUCCAGCAGGCCGCGGACCUGAUCGGCCUGGAGUCGCGCAAGUCCCUUUGGGGCCAGUUCUGGUCCGCCCACCAGCGCUUCUUCAAGUACCUCUGCAUCGCCGCCAAGGUCCGGCGCCUGGUCGAGCUGGCCAAGGAGGAGCUCAGCAAGGACAAGUGCGUUGUGAUCGGGCUGCAGUCCACCGGCGAGGCCCGCACCCGGGAGGUCCUGGACGAGAACGAGGGGCACCUGGACUGCUUCGUCUCCGCUGCUGAAGGCGUCUUUUUCUCACUAAUUCAGAAGCACUUUCCUUCAACUAAGCGAAAAAGAGAAAGAGGAACUGGCAUUAAAAGGAAACGGAAGCAGCGAGGCCGCUGCCCCAAGGCCCCGAAGGCCACCUGUGACCUUGCGAGCAACAUCAUCAAGAUCAGCUCCGACAGCAGCUCCGACUCGGAGGGGGCGCUGGAGAGCGACUUCAACUCCUCCCCGGAGUCGCUCGUGGAGAAUGACGACGUGAUCUUCGUCGACCGCACCAACGGCUUUGCGUGCGAGGACCGAGGCAGCCUCUACUUGCAAGGGUCCCAGAAGGAAAUGCACGGUCCCGGGGCCUUGGAGCACAUGGAGAAGAUGAAGCAGGACCUCCUGUCCAAAGUGAAGGCACUGGGCAAAGAACUACCUCUCAAUACCUUGGAUGAACUGAUCGAUCACUUUGGGGGCCCGGAACACGUGGCAGAGAUGACGGGGAGGAAAGGGCGGGUUGUGCGCCGGCCCAGCGGCGCUGUGAUGUACGAGUCACGAGCUGAACACAGCCUCUCCAUCGACCACGUGAACCUGAAGGAGAAAGAGCGCUUCAUGAACGGAGACAAGCUCGUAGCAAUAAUCUCUGAGGCCUCCAGCUCAGGGAUUUCUCUCCAGGCCGACAAACGGGUAAAGAAUCAAAAGCGGCGCGUCCACAUGACGCUGGAACUGCCCUGGAGCGCUGACCGAGCCAUACAGCAGUUUGGCCGAACGCACCGCUCCAAUCAAGUCUCUGCUCCCGAGUACAUCUUCCUCAUCUCCGAACUGGCCGGCGAGCGACGCUUUGCUUCCAUCGUAGCCAAACGCCUGGAGAGCCUUGGUGCCUUAACUCACGGGGACAGGAGAGCAACAGAAUCCAGGGACCUCAGCAAAUACAACUUCGAAAGCAAGUACGGGUCCAAAGCCCUCGACAAGGUCCUGCUCACCAUCCACAACCAGCCUGAGAACAAAGUCCCGGUGCCCAAGAGUUACCUGGGAGGAGACGCCGCUUUCUUCCACGAAAUGAAACAGGCUCUCCUCUCAGUCGGGAUUGGCUGCAAGGAGGUGCGGUAUGGCGCUGCUGAGAAAGACUGCUCCAUCACCAAGUUCCUGAACCGCAUCUUGGGCUUGGAAGUCGACAGGCAGAAUCUCCUCUUCCAGUACUUCAGUGACACUUUCGACUACUUGAUCGAGCGGGACAAGAAAGACGGCAAAUACGAUAUGGGGAUUCUGGACCUGGCUCCCGGCAUUGAUGAGAUCUAUGAAGAGAGCAAGGAGGUUUUCCUUACCCCGGGACACCCCCAGGAUGGGCAAGUGGUCUUCUACAAGAUCAGUGUCGACAGAGGCUUGAAGUGGGAAGAAGUCUAUGAGAAGUCCCUGCAGCUGACGGGCCCUGACGACGGCUUCUAUGUCUCCCAUAGGGUGCGGGGCGACAAGCACAUUUGCCUCCUGGCGGAGCAGAACUGGGGGAAAUACUUCACCCUCUACAAGCCGAAUAUUGGCAAGCACAGCCAGCCCGAGAGCUUGGAAAGCCUCCUCAGGAAGUACCAACGGGUGUCGCCAGAAGAAGCCAAAGAGCACUGGGAGGACAACUACGCCUUCUCGCUGAAGAACUGCAGCCACGCCGUGUGGAACCGGAACUGCAAAGUGGUCCAGGAAGGCAAGGAGUGUUUCCAGGGCACGCGCCUUCGCCACUACUACAUGCUGUGUGGGGCGCUGCUGCGCGUCUGGAGCAGGAUCGCCAGCAUCAUGGCCGACAUCACCAACACCAGCUACCUGCAGAUUGUCCGCCUGAAGACCAAAGAGAAGAAGAAGCAAGUUGGGAUCAAGAUCCCCGAGAGCUGCGUCCAGCAGGUGCUGAAGGAGCUGAAGCAGAUGGACGCGGACGUGAAGCACAGGCAGGAGCAGGCGCUCUUGGCGGCCCAGGGUCCGAGCCUGCCCUACCCGCUGCUCCCGCAACCACUGCCGCUGGACCUCAGCCGGCCCGUGACCCCGGGAGGCUUCCUGUCCGCCCAGCACGCCUCCCUGCCGCAGGAUGAGGUCCUGGACUUGACUUACAGCCCGCCCAGCAACAGCCUUGCGGAGCUGGCCGGCUCUGGGGCGGCGCUGAGCUUCUGGACCGACCCCCUGCCCCAGCCGCACCCUCCGCUGCCUUUCAGCUACCCGCUUCCCUGUGACGGCACCGCCCCUCUGAUGGGGGGCGGCGGCGGCAGCGCCCCCCUCGGCCCCACCUCCUCCUCCUCCUCCUCCUCCCAGCCCCACGAACACUUGCCCGAAGCAGCCCAGGCCCUGCCCCCGGACAACUUCUCCAUGCCCAGCCCGGAGAUCAACUACAAGGAACUCCUGGAGGAGAUGCUGAGCUCCCUGAAUGUCGGGCAGGAGCGCCAAAGCGUCAUCCAGUACGGCAGCGGCUCCUUCGCCGACUUCUAGGGUGCCCGCUGCGGGGCGCGGGGGCUGCUGCGGCCGGCAUCGUCGCCUCUCCCAGACCCAGCGGUCUCCUUUGGGGUGGGGCGCUUUUUUUUUUUUUUAAAGAAUACUGGUUUGGAAUGGACCACUUCUGUCAUUUUUAAAAAAAAAACAAAAACAGGGAUGGGACAGAGAACUAUACUUAAGAGAAGCAAAGUUUUAUUUAUAUAUAAAUAUACAGUUCCAUGCAUACUAAAUUUUAUAUAUAUAUAUAUAUAUAUCUCGAUAUCUAUAUCUAUAUCUCUAUAUAGAUAUGUACAAAGUGGAGUUUGGGGGAUGGGUAAGUGGGGGGCAGCACCUAAAAAAAAAUGGGGGGGUCAUCAGACAGAGGAAUUUUAAUUGGCUGCCGGCCUCCCCCCCCCCCCACAUCCCCUGCCGCACCUCCCUCUCCACCCCAUCCCAAUGCAACUACUGAGUUCGGAAAGCUAGAAUCUUUAUACUUUUUUCUAUCCUAAUCCUUUUGUUCGGGGCUGGGAGGGCGCAAUUCGAAUCCAUGAUAGCAGAGGGCAAGAGUUAGGGGACAGGGUGGAGGCGUUGGUCCCCCCAGCUGCAUUGCACAGCUGCACGAUCCAGCAUCCACCGAUUCUCGGUUUCUGUGUUUUUAAAGGAAACGAACCCCAGACUUCCUAAAUCUCAAGGCUGAAGGAAACCGCUUGCCCAUGUGCUGGCGGUGUGUGGCAAAAGAGGCAGGAAUCGGGCGGGUACAUUUUCAGUGCUCUGGGUCGGUUCUGCCUGGGCUUUUAUUUUGCCCCUCCGUGCAGCCAGUGGAAGGAUGAUAAAUUAUGCAAAGCCAGCCUGCUGUGUGGAAAUGUGCUUGAUUUACUAUGAUCAUGCAAUUUGGCUUAAUUUGGCCUGAAUUUAGUGUGUGUGUGUGUAUUUUUAGCAGAGUCCUGCCUACAGCUUGGUUCUGUUUGUUAGUGAAAAUAUUGGAGAGAAAGGAGGGGCAAAUGAGCAAGCCCUCUCCCCCACCCUCCGCCGAAAAUCUUAGCCAGGGAAGUCCUCGCCACCACUGGGACCCCAGACUGCUCCAGACUCCAGUGUAUUAGACAAACUGUCAUGCCUCAUCCCAAAGAGAAGCACUGGUUCCUCCCCCAGCCCGCUCUUCAGGCAAUUUUGUGUCUAGCCUUCCCACCACCACCACUUAAGAAGAAAAGUUCUGCGUCUGGUUUUUAGAUCUCAGGAUUUUGGGAAGUUUUAAACAAGUUUAUCCUGCCUCUUUCUUUUUGGGGGUGUGUGUGUGACGUUUAUUUCUAAGGCAAUGCUGAGAAUUCCUUCCUAGUUGCAUCAAGGGCAGAGUGCCUCUGAGUACCAGUUGCAGGGGAGUCAGCAGGAGGGAGGGCCUGCCCCUUUCAACUCCUGCCUGUGGCUUCCAGCGGCAUCUGGUGGUCCACUGUGCGAAACAGGAUGCUGGACGAGAUGGGCCUCCUUGGGCCUGAUCCAGCAGGGCUGCUGUUAUGUUCUUAUGCAGACCUGCUGGAAUAUUUCUCGCCCCCCGCCCCCCCCCAUCCCUCAACCUCAGUCAUUUCACACACACCCUCUGCAUGUCUUUCUCUGUGCAAAGUACUUACUCUGGUUCUCCCCUGCCCCCUAUUUAUGUGUGAGUGUGAGUGGGGGGAGGAUGUCUUUUAUUUGUAACAGCUAAGUCUAUACAGGUUUGAGAUUCCCCACGUCGUGAACAGAAGGCUGCCCCUGACGGUCUGGAAAAAGAGACCUUUGUCCCACCCGGGCGCUCGAGGCUCUGUGCUUGGAUCCACACUCCCCUGACUCUGGGUUAGGCGGAGGGAGGGAUGGAGUGGCUGGCAGGCUCCCCCCUGGAUUUGAGGUCAGGUGCGGGAUUUUGGCCCCUGGGGCAUUCCCGCUUCCGUUUUUAAGUCUGCGUGUUUCUAGCCCUUCGGAAUGUCUGCUGAUGUUUCAAAAGGGCCGAGAUACCGAGUAAGAUUUCUAGCAGGGAUGUGGGGUCCCGGGCUUUUCCUUCUCUCUCUGCCUUGCCUAUUGGCGUGUCAUGUAUAUAGAAGCUCAUAGAGGUUAUGAACUUCUGGCUUCCCUUGGUGCAAAAUACAGCGGCAGCGUUUUCAGGCGUUCUUUUUCUUGACGUCCUCCUCUUGCUGUGUGUGCAGCCUCCUGCUUUCCAAUGGGGGGAUUCUGGGUUCUCUGCAAAUGCCUUUCAGCUUUGCCCAAGACACUGGACAUCGUGGUGGUGGCCUUUUUAGGUGGGUGCAGGUGGUGGUGGUGGGGGGGCGUGUGAGAGAGAGUGAGUGAGAGAAGAGGCAUUCCCUCACAUGUAAGAGGAGGAGGAAUGCCGCAUCCUAGAAGAGGCCUUCCCUGUUUGUGGGAGGGGGAGGGUUUUUUGGUGCCUUGCAUAAUUCUUUCCCUCAUCCCCAGGACUAGGAGGAGCAGGAUAAAUCAUGCAACAAAAAAAGCAACCAAAAAAACCCCCCAAACCCUAUGCAGAUUUGACCAGUUGCAUAAUAUCUGCCAGGGAUCUGAAAUCCUGAUUUGUAAGCUCCUUGGGACAGAGACCAGUGUCGCUUCUUGUGUAGUUACAGUGCAGCACCUGGUGCAUUUUGUGUCCUGUCAUUAGACUGACUUUCUUUUAGUAUCCAUAAUUUUUUUUAAAAAAUAUAAACAAUCCAGGUAGUCUGGCUUUACUGGUUUGCAGAUUCUAGCACACACACCCCCAAAAAGGAGGGUGGGUGGGUGGGAGGCCCUAAAACUCAGGAAAAGAACGGGAGGUGCUCUCGGUCGGCCCCGCUCCUGCUCUCACCAUGACGUUUGCCCUAGAAAAAAGAUCUCAGAAUUGUAUGUGGUGGUUUUAUGGCUGUUUUAAAAUAUGAUAUAUGCAAUUUCCUUUCCGAGUUUCUUGCGGGGUGGGGGGCGCGAGGGGCAAGGAGGCCCAUGAAUGACACGCUGCCCCUGCCCACUCCAGGCGUGGCCCCCCCUCCCUUUUUUUCAGGAAUAAUAAUAAUAUGUAAUAGCUACUUUUGAACUAAAUUAUUGCAGAGUUUGUCCUACUGAUGAUAUGUAUUUUUUAAAAAAACCCAAUGGAAUCUUCUGCUCGGUCUUCCCCUGGCCUCCCCCUUCUUGGCACUUUCUAACCACCCCCUUUGGGCCUGCUUUACUAUUAUUUUUUUUUUGUCCUUAUGUAUAUUUAUAAUUAACUGCAAAUUAAGUAAUUGUGAAUUGUAUAUAUGUAAAGCGGGGUGGGUGGAGGGGAGGAGGACUCUUUCUCCCUCUCCGUUUUGGGGGGAAAAUGUGCCUUUCUUUGGACUAAUUAUUCCUGAAUUUUAUACUUGCAUUGGAAGGAUUAAAACAUGGGCAUUUCAGCUCA